GUCGGCAUCAGUCUACCCACUCUGACGCUCUGCUGGAAACAUGGCAAGGCGAGUUCACGGUGACCACAUGACAUUGGGGCCUAUGAGCAGGGUCAAGAAGCAGCUCACGCGUACCUUGGCGGUGCUACCUGGACCCGCUCAUCCUUACCCGGGGGUGGACGACGUCACUAGAGACAAUGACGUUGACAAGGUCAUCACCCGGCGACGCCUGUCUAGGGCGGAUACUCUUGCAGGCGAGGAGCCUGUCUUGGAGAAGACCCCAACCAAAAACUGGAAGAGGCUGCUGCGGCGUCAGCGAACCAUGGGUGAUAUUGGUGGAGAGUUGCAGAAUAAACCCUCGAGAGGAAAGCUUAACGGUCUCCUCGUCCGUUUAGACAGAGCUGCGAGAGGUUCUCGUCUCACUCGUAGCUCAUCUAUAAGUGGGUCCUACCCUGAUAUAAGUCAUCUGCACGUAUCGUUAUCUCACUCUACAUGGAAUGAAGGCCACGGGUGUAAUAUCCCUGAAGCGAUGGAGUUUGACGACGAACCAGGUGGUAUUACCGCCGAUAGUAAGUGUCCGUCACGAGGGAGAAAUCAUCUGAGUCUUCAACAGGGAGCCAAUGAGGGCUAUCGCAGAAAAACCGAAAACAUAAUUGUGAUGGAGAAGACGCCUGGCAUGCAACUUCGAAGUGGUAAUAUGAUACAGUCCAGCAAGUUUGAGGCCAACGAAAGAACUGGGAAUCCUUACAAGAGUCACCGACUUGCUACGAACAGUUUGCCGUCUUAUUCGCAGAUUUUAGAAUUUCUAUAUUUGGGAAGCAUUGAAGCUGCCUACAAUGAGCCAUUAUUAUGCAAACUGGAUGUCCAGGUGCUUGUUGAUUUGUCUAAUGUACCAGCGUCACAAGUUCCUGUCGGAAAGAAGACCAACUGUCCAUGUCUGUGCAGGAAACAGAACCACUUCCGGUCUCGCCUCAACGUAGGUAUUGAUGACAUUGAAUGGGAAAAUAUCUCCCAGUAUUUCAGCGACAUCAACAACUUUAUCGAAGGCGCCAGAAAAUGUAACAAACAUGUGUUAGUGUAUAGUUACCACGGCAAGUCGCGCGCUGCUGCAGUGAUAAUCCAGUACAUCAUGCAACACUUCCGGCUGUCGCUCCGAGACGCCCACAGACUGGUGGCCACGCGGCGUCCUGGAAUAGCUGUCAACACCGGUUUCUGGAGAGCACUUCAACGCUUUGAAAAGCAGAUUCAGGAGUCGGGGGUGCCUUUCAGAAACCCAAAUAACGAACCAGGCUUGGCUUUGGGGCCACCUAGAAUUAGAGACGCCUGGACUGAAACAUCCUGAGCAAUUUCCCUACAGUGAAAAGCUCAUUGCACGACUACGAAUACUUGCACAUUAGCUCGAACCAGCAGUUUUGUAGAAAUGUAUCAGUUAAAAUUGUACAGUAUAUGUCCCAAUAAGGUGUAUGAUUGUAACAUAAGUUGGUGACGUCCACGUGUAUUAUUCCAAGCUGUGGUCUGCGCAUACAGUACG